GAUCAAUUGCCGGCGUCAACCGAUAUAGUGACUGUCUAGUUUGUUAGACGAGGACGAAACAGUCUUACAUAUUACGGAUUUAUCUAAACUUUAGAGUUUUAUUUCGCCGUAAGAAGCAGUCGACAUGAGUGAAUAUCACAGACCCGAUGCCAAUAUGGUGCAGACUUUGAAAGACAUUGCAAAUAAACUGCGAUUUCAAAGCAUCAACAUGACAAGCACGUGCAACUCAGGUCAUCCUACCUCAUGUUGUUCUGCUGCAGAAAUUUUUUCCGUAUUAUUCUUCCAUACAAUGAAAUAUAAAGUUAAGGAACCCAAAAAUGCGGCCAAUGACAGAUUUGUUUUGUCCAAGGGGCAUGCUUGUCCAAUUCUCUAUGCAGCCUGGGCAGAAGUUGGUUUAUUCCCCGAAUCAGAACUUCUAAAUAUCCGUAAGCUGUCCUCAGACUUGGAAGGUCAUCCCACCCCAAGAUUGAACUUUAUUGAUGUAGCUACAGGAUCACUGGGUAUGGGACUCAGUUUUGCAGCUGGUAUGGCGUAUUGUGGUAAAUACAUUGACAAAGCUGAUUAUCGUGUAUUUGCUGUAAUGGGAGAUGGUGAAUCGGCAGAAGGGUCUGUCUGGGAAGCCAUGGCGUUCUCAAGUUUCUACAAACUGGAUAAUCUUGUGGCAAUAUUUGACGUCAACAGACUAGGACAGAGUGACCCUACCAGUCUUCAACAUGAUCUUGACACAUACAAGAAACGAGCCGAGGCUUUUGGAUUCAAUACCUACGUGGUUGAUGGACAUAGCGUCGAGGAGCUGGUGAAAGCUCUCCACGGAGCCGAGACCACCUCGGGAAGACCAACAUGUAUUAUCGCCAAAACAUUCAAGGGCAAGGGGGUGUCUGGAAUUGAAGAUCAGAUCAACUGGCAUGGAAAGCCUCUGGGUGGGGAAACAGAAAGGGCACUGGCUGAAAUCAAGGCCAUUAUUAAGAAUAAUGGACCUUACAACAUCACCCCACCCCAACCCAGUGGAACAGUUCAAGCAGCCAACAUCUCCAAUAUAGCUCUACCAGAACCUCCUAAAUAUUCUGAACCAACAGCAUGUAGAGCAGCUUAUGGUAAAGCCAUUGCUAAAAUAGGUCAAGCUAACAAUCGGGUCAUCGCCAUGGACGGUGACACCAAAAACUCUACAUAUUCCAUUAAACUUAUGGACGUAAGACCAGAUCAAUACGUAGAAUGUUUUAUAGCAGAACAGAAUUUAGUUGGAGUUGGUAUUGGCUGUGCUACUAGAGACCGAACUGUUGUUUUCCUCAGCACCUUUGCUGCCUUCUUCACCAGAGCGUUCGAUCAGAUUCGAAUGGGGGCCAUCUCUCAAACUAAUGUUAAUUUUGUAGGAUCCCAUGCUGGAGUAUCCAUUGGUGAAGAUGGACCUUCACAGAUGGCGCUGGAAGAUUUGGCCAUGUUUCAAUCCAUCCCAGGGUCCACUGUUUUCUAUCCGUCUGACGCUGUCUCCAUGGAACGAGCUGUAGAGUUGGCAGCCAACAAGUCUGGUAUCUGUUUUAUUCGUUCAAGUCGACCCAACAUACCAAUUCUUUAUGGUGCUGAUGAAGUUUUUAAAAUUGGUCAAGCCAAGGUUCUACGUAAAACUGAUUCUGAUCAAGUAACAAUAAUAGGAGCCUGUGUAACUAUUGUAGAGGCUCUGAAAGCAGCUGAUGAGUUGGCUAAGAGUGGAGUCAAUGUCAGAGUUAUUGACCCUUUCACCAUUAAACCACUAGAUGUCGCUGGUAUCAUACAGAACGCUAGAGAAACUGGUGGACGUAUUGUUACUGUUGAGGAUCAUUAUGUUGAAGGUGGAAUCGGUAGCGCCGUGGCCAGUGGGGUGAGUGAAUGCAGGGAUAUAAUCGUGAAGAAACUGGCCGUAAACGACAUCCCAAGGAGUGGAAAGGCAGCUGAAUUAAUCGAGAAAUAUGGAAUUGGAGCUAACAGUAUCGUUAAAGCAGUACAACAAAUUUUAACUCUAUAAAUUUAACACAUCGUUAAGUUUUUAAAUUCCAAUUUUGUUAUGAUUAGCUAGUUAUCGCAAUUGCUUAUUUUAAAGAUGUAAAAUGGUACCUUGGAUGUAUCUGUCAAAAAUUCAAAUGUUUUUUAUUUAAUCAUUAAUAAAUUUUCUAGAAGUGAAAAAAAGUAGCUGAGAUACAUUUUUAGAAAUAGUUUUUCAAAAUACAUAUAAAUAUUUUAUUGUUUUUUUAUGGAAUUUCUUCAAUUUGAUUAUUCUGCAUUUAAGGAAAUGGCAUAUAAAUUUGAUAUUUGAUAUUAAUGUAGUUGUAGGUGUUUUAAUGUUGUAAUGUUUGUGGGAAGAUAUAAUAAUGAUUAUAUUUGGUUUUUGACAAAAUACUUUUAUGUUCAUCAGUACACUAAUUAUUGUUAUAGGGUAUGCAAGGUUUAUAUAGUCUAAUAUUCACUCAUUAAACUUCAUGUCAGUCUAAUUUUGUAAAUUGGAAAUCAACCUGUUGGUUCAAAUUGUCGUUUUUGAAUAAUGUUAUUAAUUACUGUAAUUUGAUAUUUAGCAAUUGAAUUUUGUACUGUUGUCAGUAAUAUACUUCGUUAUAUUUUACCGUUGGCUAAUAUGCUUUGCAGUCAGCUAAUGCACUUUGCUGUCAUCGGCUAAUGAACUUUGCUGUCAGCUAAUGUAGGCCCUACAUUGAUGCCAGCUAAUAUUCUUUACAGUCAGCUAAUAUACUUAGCUGUCAAUUAAUAUACUUUGCUGCCAGCUGAUAUACUUUGUGGCCAGCUGAUAUACUUUGUUCGUAGUAACUCUGUGAUUAUCUGACUAAGUUCAUUACUGUUGAACUGCUUAUUUUAAUUUGCAAGUGAACAACAUUAUUCUUGAAAAAUGUUAUAAUUGAGCUCAAAUUUUCUAAAAUUGUUGUUUAUGUAUCUGGUUUUUGUUGGUUAUUUUUUAAGUUUGUAUCAGAUGAAGUUUAUUUGGGUAAUUAAAAGACCAGAUUAUGAAGAUGUAUCACCUAGUUUACCAAGUAGACAGUUUCAUAAUCAAUAUAAUAAUCUUAAAUAAUACUUAAUGAGUUUCUUUGUCAAAACCAACUAGUUUCUUCGUCAAACCCUAAAGUUUCUUUUGUCAAACCCAACUGUUUUCCUUGCCAACUUUUGUGAAACCCAGACUAGUUUCUUUUGUCAAACCCAACUAGUUUCUUUGUCAAAACCAAACUAGUUUCUAUGUCAAACCCACGCUAGUUUCUUUGUCAAAACCAACUAGUUUCUUUGUCAAAACCAACUAGUUUCUUUGUCAAAACCAACUAGUUUCUUUGUCAAAACCAACUAGUUUCUUUGUCAAACCCAUGCUAGUUUUUAUGUCAAAACCAAACUAGUUUCUAUGUCAAACCCAUGCUAGUUUUUAUGUCAAAACCAAACUAGUUUCUUUGUCAAAACCAAACUAGUUUCUAUGUCAAAACCAAACUAGUUUCUUUGUCAAACCCACGCUAGUUUCCAUGUCAAAACCAACUAGUUUCUAUGUCAAAACCAAACUAGUUUCUUUGUCAAAACCAAACUAGUUUCUUUGUCAAACCCACACUAGUUUCUUUGUCAAAACCAACUAGUUUCUAUGUCAAACCCUAAAGUUUCUUUUGUCAAACCCAACUGUUUUCCUUGUCAACUUUUGUCAAACCCAAACUAGUUUCUUUUGUCAAAACCAAACUAGUUUCUUUUGUCAAAACCAAACUAGUUUCUUUUGUCAAAGACUAGUUUCUUUGUAAAGAUCCUAUUUCAUUGAAAAUAUCCUAAGAAAAG